CACGUGAGAUACACUGCUCUCAGUCAAUAUUUUAGUGUGUCUGCGAUCAUUUUAUUUAAUUAUAUUGGAAAUUACAAAUAUUUCUGUACUGUCCAAUUAAAGUUUUUAGCUUUAUCUGAUUUUGUGUUAAUAACGAAAGCCGGAUUGAUCCGGAAGUAAAUACUGGUUCGCGGAAGUUUACGGCUAAGAAAUGGGUGUAACGUGUGUGUGUCAGGUGCCGGUGGCGGAGGGUAAGAGCGUGCAGCAGACGGUGGAUAUGGUGCAUAAGAAGCUGGAGCAGCUGGGAGCCGUUAAACAGGGGAACUUCUGGGUGGACUGCGAGACGUACCACGCCACGGGAAACACCACCGGCCAGCCGUCGAAGCUGCUGUACGUGAUGCAUAACUCGGAGACGCCGCUGAGCUGCAUGGCUCUGUUCGAGGGCGGGCCGGGCCUCACCGCCGACGCCAACUUCGACGUCCUGAUGGUCAAACUCAAGAGUCACUUCCAGAACGCCAAAGGACAUAAAGUGGAGUCUCGCGGCACGCGCUAUCGCUACUGCGACUUCCUGGUGAAGAUCGGCACCAUCGCCAUGAGCUCCAGCGCCAGAGGGAUUUCAGUCGAGGUGGAGUACUGCGCCUGCGUGAUUCCCGGAGACUGCUGGAACCUGGUGAAGGAGUUCAUGCAGAGUUUUCUGGGCUCAAACACGCCUGAGCUGCCGGCGGUGUUCACUAAUAAAGCCGAGGGUCUGUACGCGCCGGUGGACUGCACGGACACCAUGAGCCAGUACCUGGAGCUCUUCGGCAAAGUGCGCAAACAGCAGGUGAUUCCGGGCAGCGGCGUCCGCUGAGACCUGAACUCGACCCGCGCAAACCACAGCCGUCUUCAGAGUCUCUGAGAGAACUUUAUACAAGCCACAACAACAUAAAGCAUCCGUUCCCGCCUUUGUGUUACUUAAGUUGUGGCUCUGGAUGCUUAUUUUCUGUGUUUACACUUGUGAAAUAAACUGUUUAUUUUGA